AUGUAUGAUGAGGAAGAGUGCACGGAAAAGAGCGCUUUGUGGGCAGACAUGUCGGAUGAUGAAAAGGUAGAGUUUCACGAUCUUUACGACCGUGAAUGCCUUUCUCGAUGUUGUCCUCAGUUGGUGUUAGCCGAAGCAGAAGAUUCUCGGGAUAAAAAAAGGCUUGGACUAGGUCUUAUGGACUGCUUUCUGCCUGUAUGGAUCAUACUGGCUAUGGCCCUGGGCCUGAUCCUGGGCAAUUUUGUUCCGAACACGCAUGCGGUUCUCACGAAUGCCACUUUUGUUGGGGUCUCUUUACCGAUUGCAAUUGGACUUUUGGUAAUGAUGUAUCCGAUUUUGUGUAAGGUCCGAUAUGAAGAUAUGCUUUCGAUGUUGACGCGGCGAGAGAUCAUUGUGAACAUAUUUAUCAGUGUUGCGAUAAAUUGGAUCGUUGCACCACUGUUGAUGCUGGGUUUGGCGUGGGCGUUUUUGCCCGACCAGCAGGACCUUCGAGAGGGUUUGAUAGUUGUGGGUUUGGGCCGCUGCAUUGCGAUGGUACUAAUCUGGACACGUCUAGCCAAAGGAGACUCAGAUUUAUGUGCGAUUAUCGUAGCUGUCAAUUCAUUGCUCCAGAUAGUUUUGAUAUCACCCAUGGCCCUCUUAUAUUUGAAUGUCGUAAGCCAUUCCGGAGAUUCUCACAAGAUUGAGUUUGAUAUAGCUACCAAAAGUGUGGCUGUAUUUCUCGGGAUUCCGCUAGGUGCUGCCGUAAUAACCAGAGUCUGCGUCCGCCCUUUUUCUCCGGACUUUUAUGACAGAAAAUUGAUGCCUUCGAUAUCACCCCUCUCACUUCUCGGCCUGUUAUUUACCAUCAUUAUCAUGUUUGCCUCGCAGGGAAAAGCGGUAGCAGAAAACAUCAUAGCUGUGUGUCGGGUUGCAGCCCCGCUAAUAACCUACUUUGUUAUCAUCUUCAUGACGACUUUUUUCAUCUUUCUCAGGACAGGGCACACCUAUGAGACCACAUGCACGCACGCUUUCACUGCAGCAAGCAACAAUUUCGAACUGGCUAUCGCCAUAUGUGCGGCGGUGUUUGGGGUUGACAGCCAGCAAGCGCUGGCGUCAACCAUCGGUCCGCUGAUCGAGGUACCAGUUCUGGUGGCCUUCGUUUUAUUCGCAAAAUUAAUAAAGCCCAAACUUCAUUGGGCCGACCAGUCUGCUGCGAAGCCGAGUAUAACCGUUUGA